UUGCGCCGUGCCUGCCGUGCCCGUCCUCUGCGCUUCUGCGACGCAUAGCGCAAGUGAUUCUAGAAGCGUGCGUGCGUGUGUGUGUGUGCGUAUAGUGAUUUUGCGGUAAGCUAACGCAGUACGCAUUAUGUUCGUGUAAGCUUCGGGCCCUUUGCACACCGAGAAAUCCUGCGCUGAAGCAUGUCUCUGCUACUGAAACACACCCUGAAGCGUUGUAGGACGUUUUCGCCGAGCCGGAGCGAUGUCGUGCUUCUCCUACGGCGCCUCGUUUCUGAAACUGCUCCCGGUCCGCACAUGGGAGUGCCGGUCGUCGAAGAACGUCCUCUAGAUCUGGCUUUGGGGAAAGUCAAGCGAGAACCUUUUGUCAAGAAUAUGUUUUUAGGGAAGCUGGAAAGAGCGAUGCUGGCGUACCCGGAGGUGCUUUCAAACGAGAAGCUUGAGGAACUCGAGGCUAUGGCAGAGGCUGUGCGGAGGUUCUAUGAUGCGAAUGUGGACACUGCCAAAAUAGACAGGGAAAAUAUACCAAAGGAAAUUUUGGAUGGCCUAAAGUCUCUAGGGCUGUUUGGACUACAAGUUCCGACAGAAUACGGAGGUCUUGGGCUGACAGCUACCGAGUAUGCAAGGAUCUGCGAAGUCACUGGAAAAGAUGCAUCCGUUGGUGUCACCCUUGCUGCACACAAUUCUAUAGGCAUUAAGGGAAUUCUCUUGUGUGGGAAUGAAGAACAGAGGAGAAAGUAUCUGCCAAAGCUGGCAACAGGGGAGCACAUAGCAGCGUUUUGUUUGACUGAACCUACGAGUGGUAGCGAUGCAGCAUCUAUUCAGCUCACGGCGACGCCUAGUCAUGACAAAAAGACUUACUACCUAAAUGGUAGCAAGAUCUACAUCAGCAACGGUGGCUUUGCUGAUAUUAUGACUGUUUUUGCCAAGGUCAAAGUGGAAGGAGUGGAUAGAAAAAAACAUGACAAGAUGACGGCAUUUAUUGUGGAGAGGGCCUUUGGUGGUGUCACCUCUGGUGCACCAGAAGACAAACUUGGGAUCCGAGGAUCAAACACAACAUCCAUAUUUUUUGACAACACACCGGUGCCUGCUGAGAACAUCUUGGGUGAAGUUGGAGAUGGGUUUAAGGUGGCCAUGAAUGUUCUUAACAAUGGGAGGUUUGGAAUGGGAGCUGCUUUGGCUGGGGGCCUUAGAGAACUUAUUGGGUACACCUCAAGGUAUGCUGUCGAACGGGUUCAGUUUGAAAAACCCCUGAGUGACUUCCACAUGACCAAGGACAAGAUCUACAGGAUGACAAGUUUGACAUAUGCAAUAGAAAGCAUGGUGUACAUUGCAUCUGCCAUCAUCGAUGUUGUUGAGGAGCCUGAUUGCGCACUGGAGUGUGCCAUAGUGAAGGUGUUCAGCUCAGAUGCUGGGCAAUAUGUAGUCAACGAGUGCCUUCAGAUCCAUGGAGGUUCGGGCUUCAUGACAUCACUUCCCAUUGAACAGUACUACCGAGACACAAGAAUACUUUCAAUCUUUGAGGGAACGAAUGAGAUUCUCCGGCUAUUUAUUGCUCUGAUGGGACUGCAGCACACUGGAAAGCAGCUGUCAGAGCUCAUAUUGAAGAUGAGGAAUCCUCUAGCCAAUCCAAUAACGGCGUUACAGAAAUUGUGGGAGCGCCGCCGUGAUGCUGCCGACAAUCCAGUACGCGAUUUGGACCUUUACACUGCUCUGCAUCCAUCCUUGCAGGAUGGAGCAGACUCGUUGGAGUAUUGCGUCAAACGCCUGAAGUACACAGUAGAAAUAGUUUUGCAACGUUAUGGAAAGGAAAUUAUUGAGCAGCAGAUGGUUCUGUCCAACCUGGCGGACAUGGUGAUACAGAUCUAUGCCAUGGCCUGUGUUCUGGGUCGUGCAUCACGAUCAUACUGCAUCGGUCUUCCAUAUGCAGAUAAAGAGGUUGAUCUUGCCCUUUGCUUUUGUCAUGAUGCACGAAAAAAGGUGAAAAGCUGUGAAAUUGAAAUUGAUGAAGAGAUGGAUAACUUGCUGCUUCUCAGGAAGCGGGAGAUUGCCGACAAGGUGUUUGAGAACAAGGCCUAUUUUCCAGUGCAUCCGCUGACAAAGAACUAUUGAUGCAAGGGGUUUAGAACCGACUUGAUUGUAUAGUCUAGCCAUUUUCAUUGCCGAACACAGACCCAUCACGUUGAUUGUGACAAUUUUAGGACAAAAGUCAACUCUUGUUUUAUAUCACAUACAAAAUGAAUAAAUAUUAAGUUGUGUCUGUUGA